AUGGGUUCAAAGAGAUAUCACACGGAGGGCUCCUUCGAUCCCAACAAACGAGUCAAGAGGAAUCGCCAUGACGAACUCCCUAUGGAUCAUGGUAGCACCCUUGUCCAACAGUUGAAGGACGUAGUUGACCAGAUGGUUAGCCAUCCACAAUUGCUUCAGGACUAUCCCGGAGGCGCAGACAUUGCCAAAAUGGCCACACAGCUCCACACUACGUUGAAUAAAAGAGAGAACACGCCUACGAGGUCUACCGCGCGGCUGCAAUUACAUGACGCAUCGUUACCGGAGCCUCCUUUUAUCCGCGACCCUUCGCUAGUGAAAGCCGUUUUCACACACCCGGGCGCGCCUACAAAUGCCGCCGCGAAAGGGCAAGAGAUCAACUAUGAUCGAUUAGAAGUCCUUGGGGACGCAUACGUGGAGGUGAUCGCUACAAGGUUGAUAUGGGACCAGUUUAAAGACGUUCCUCCAGGGCGUAUGUCUCAGAUUCGAGAAGAUCUUGUCAAGAAUGAAACCUUGGCCGGGUUUGCGACGCAGUAUGGGUUUGAUGGCAGAGUGUCCGCCCCAGAAGACCAACGAAUGCAACCAAAGCGGUGGCUGAAAAUAAGAGCGGAUGUUUUUGAAGCCUAUGUGGCAGCAGUGGUUCUGUCAAACCCUGGUGAUGGAUUUGGAAUGGUCGAGAAAUGGCUCGGACAACUUUGGCAGCCGCGACUGUCGCAUGUUCAGCCUGUACAAUCCGUGCUGAAAUAUAAAGAAAAAUUGGCGAAAAAGGUGAUGGGCAAGGGUAUAAAGCUCCGGUACGUGGAAGAAAAGCCCCCGAAGCAGUUGGACGGCGGCAUGCAAACGUUCUACAUUGGGGUAUAUUUGACGGGCUGGGGCUGGCAUGAUCAGCAUUUGGGGUCUGGGAGUGGAUUGAACAAGGCCAGUGCCGGGGACCAGGCUGCCGAACGAGCGCUUCAUAAUGUUCCCUUGAUAGACGAGGUCGCAGCUGCCAAAGUUGCGUAUGACAAACAAGCUAGUAAAAGAGACAUGUAG